UUAGAGGACUGCACGAACUCACCAGAAUGCAAACAACCUUAUCCCUCUAGUAUGGUUGGUGAGAAAAUGAUGGGUGAAACUGUAAGCGCCAGCGGAAAUAUGGCCGCUGUGGGCGGUAUUGACAGCAUGCUGAUGGAUACUACAGAAUAUAUGAAAGUCUGCAACAACAUAGCGCCAACAUUCGCUGAUCUAAGUGGCAACAAUAAUUUAGUUUACACCACAGGAGCAAUCAAUAACAGUCCGCCAUUGAUGACGACGCUGAAAUCGGAAAACGUUGUUAGUGCGUCUACAGCGGGACAAUUCAAAAAGAUGGCAAUACAUAACAAAAGCAGGGAUGAAGGCCAACCAGAAGAGGAGGGUGUUUCAACAAUUACAUUUAAGGCGCCGCGUGUAUGAAAAUAGAAAACCAGAGGGACUUCCAAUAUGCAUAAGAAAUAACGUGUCAGGACAAAACAUUAUUCCAAAAUAUUUAUGUACAUGUGCAUAUGUGUAUGCAUGAAAAUAGAUCAAUACGACUAAAGAAAGCAAGGAAACGUAUUUUUUUUAAUAUCGUUUUAAACUUGCGCUUGUGUAUCUUAGAGUAAACUAACUGAAUAUCGAAAAAAUUACGGUUAGAGAUUUUGGUAGUUAUAAUGUUAGGCAAGUUGGAUAUAUGCACAUACAUACACAUGCAUUUAUGUAUAUACGGUUGCAUGAAAAGAAUGAACUGUAAUAUAUGUAAUUUAAAUAUAAACAUAUUUAGUGAUAGCAAUAUUUUUUAGAUUACAGUAAAUAUUAAACGGAUUCUAAAACAAUGUUUCAAACAAAACUUUUAUCUAUAUAAGAUCUAGUACAUAUCGCCAUUUAAAGUACAAAACCUCGUAUCAACAAAAUGCAAACACGCUUAUAUUCCAAAAAGGUUCUCUCUUUUAUAAAGCAAUCGCAUUUCUGGCUAGUAUAUUUCAGGAGGAAUGGAUAAGGCUUGAGCCAAAAGUUCGUGUGAGCAAUUCCAAUUUUUGCCAAAAAAAGGUUAGUUACGCGAUUUUGCAGAACGACGAUAUGUGGUUUUGUACCUUAAACGGCGAUAUGCAUGUAUUCAAGUGUGUAAUAAACGCUGUCAAUAUGUAUGACUUAAGUAUAUAAAGAUAUAUAUUGUCAAUAAUGGUUAGAUAGAAGUCUACUGUAAAUAUUUCUUACAAAAAAAUGCAAGUUUUAAUACGUAAAGAUGUCCUUACAUACAUACGUUUCGUUACAUUAAUAUCACUAAAUCCAUCGUAGUCGGAUUUUUCGUGAAAUUUAUGCGAUUACUGAAUUCGAAUUGCUACGAACGUUGCAUAUACUUUGAAUAGAUACAAUGUACGCUCGUAGCAAUUCACAAAAUAUCGAAUCACGAUGGAUUCAGUGAUAGCCCCCAUAAUGUACUACAUACAUUUCGUACCCUUGAUUCACAAAGGCCCUAAUCAACAAAUU